CCCCGCCCCCUCCCCCAACACGCCUGCGUGUUAUGCGAGGACAUGCUGCGCUUCCUCUCUCUCAAAUUCGGGCGCCUGUACCGGUGCCUGAAGUUCCUGCUGGUGCUGGGCCUGUUCGUCGUGCUGCUGGUGAACACGCACAGCCUGUUCGCCUCCUUCCAGCGGAACGAGCUCACCGACCGCCGCUUCAUCGGCCUCAACAAGUGCCCGGCGUGCUUCGGCACCAGCUGGUGCCGCAAGUUCAUGAACGGGCAGGUCUCCUUCGAGACGUGGGGCCGCCUGCGCUUCCUGGACUUCUUCAACGUCAAGAACGUGCAUUUCGCGCAGUACGGCGAGCCGCGGGAGGGGACGCGGCGGAUCGUCCUCAAGCGGCUGGGCUCCAACCAGGAGCUGGCCGAAAUCGACCAGAAGAUCUGCAAGCGGGCCACGGGGCGGCCCCGCUGCGACCUGGUGCAGGCCGCCUACAAGACUGAGUUCGCCCGCCUCAACGGCGACGUGCGGCUGCUCACGCCGGAGGUGGUGGAGGGCUGGUCGGACCUGGUGCACUGCCCCUCCCAGAGGCUGCUGGACCGCGUGGUGAGGAGGUACGCCGAGACCAAGGACUCCGGGAGCUUCCUGCUCAAGAACCUCAAGGACACGGAGAGGAUGCAGCUGCUGAUGACCCUGGCCUUCAACCCGGAACCCCUGGUGCUCCAGAGCUUUCCCUCGGACGAGGGCUGGCCGUUCGCCAAGUACCUGGGGGCAUGCGGGCGGAUGGUGGCAGUGAACUACGUUGGGGAGGAGCUGUGGAGCUACUACAAUGCCCCCUGGGAGCAGCGGGUGGACCUGGCCCGGCAGCUCAUGGACAUCGCCGAGCAGCUGACCAACAACGACUUCGACUUUGCGCUCUACCUCCUGGACGUCAGCUUCGACAACUUCGCCGUGGGGCCGCGGGACGGCAAGGUCAUCGUCGUGGACGCGGAAAACGUCAUCGUGGCGGACAAGAGGCUGAUAAGGCAGAAUAAACCGGAGAACUACGACGUCUGGUAUGAGAGCCGCUUUGAGGACUGCGACAAGGAGGCGUGCCUGUCCUUCUCCAAGGACAUCCUGUGCUCGCGCGUCACCGUCGACCACAACUACUACGCCGUUUGCCAGAACCUGCUGUCCAGGUACGCCACGUGGCGCGGCAUCACCGGCGGCCUCCUCCACGACCCCCCCGAGGACGUGGCCAAAGACGGGCAGCUGGAGGCCCUGCUGGACGAGUGCACCCACCCCAAAAAGCGCUACGGACGCUUCCAGGCGGCCAAAGAGCUGCGCGAAUACCUCACGCAGCUGAGCAAUAACGUGAGGUAGUGAACGGACUGGAUGGGUGCGGCGGUGGCUCCGCCCCCUUCCCUCGCUCACCCCCACAGCAGCAACGAUAGACUUUUCUUUCUCGCGUCCGGAGAGUUCUGUUCUCGGUCCCCAGCACCCUCUCCCCCACCCCUUCAGUUUUCUUUGUGUUGUUUUUUUGUUCUUGUUCUGUGAUAGGACAGUCAGAGGAGAGCGGCUGCAGAGUGAAAAUUAUCACUCCCCCCUGAAGUCCUGCUGUUAGCCAGAGGGGGCGAUGUAUGAAGACGAGCAGGCAGGAGGAGUGUGAAAAGGGGGGAUUUCUGGAGGGUGAGUGAGAAGGGGGGGCAGGGGGGAGCCUUGAUUGUUAACUGAACGGGUGCUAGGUGUAUCCGUGUGCCCUGGGGGCUUGCCUCGGACUGAUGUUUCUCCAAGACGCUCUCACAGCGCCAGUAUUUUGUGAAAAGUACCGGGCUGUCUGGCCAGAUGCACUGCGCCGUGCGAGGAUGAGUUUACAUCGCUGUUUACUGAGGCUGAAACAGACUCUGCUGGUGAACACCUUCUGGGUACCGUGGUACACUUUCCAUCAAAGGGCAGCUGGGAAAAAGGUGUGGACAUGCUGCAGCCGGCAGUGGACUGGAGGAGAUUCUGUGUUACUGUAGGACAGAUCCAAUUAACAAACCCAAGUUUCCUUUGUCCUGCAAUUUGGCAAUCAAAUCUUAGGAGUGGUAGUGACAUAGGGAAAACGAGCAUAGGAGUAGAAGAUGGUGAUGGAAUUGUGAAUGUGCAUAUGUUGCAAAUUACUGCAUAUACCAAAGAAUCUGGCUGGAAGUAAGACAGACCCUGGUUUUGCUCUGUAAUGCCAUUCUUGUUCCCCCACAUAACAGAGCGUAACUGAUGUGAGGGAUCUCUUUUUGGACAUGUAAUGAAAGCCGCUUUUUCCUGGUGGAUUGAGUCCUGGGGCUCCAAUUCCGUGUACCCGGGGAAAAAGAAAGGCUUUCAGCCCAAUUGCACACAGGCACUAAGUUCUAAGAGGCUUUCAAACACGACAGGGUUAGUCCAGUGCUCUCUGUGACUAAUUCUGCAUUGAUUGGAGCAAGGUGUUUGAAAAGUAAACGCGUACCCCCCACAAAACACAAAAGGGCCCCCCAUCCAAACAAUCUCCCAAACGCUCUGUCUUGCACACGCCAGCAUUUAAAAUCCCAUGUGUGCAAGAAUGGAUAAGGUCAUACCAGAUGCAAUCCCACGCUUUUCCCUGCGCUUUAUGUCCCUCGCACAUUCAUGGAGAUCACAGCAGCAUGCAAGCGCACCACACGGUUCAUUCAGUUUCCCGAUGGAAGUCCCGCUCCCCCCCCCCAGUUUGUAUUACCCAGCAACGCACUUACACAGGGCCACUUAAUAUCACUCACUGAUCCAGGAAGAAUCAAUUUCUGCUUGUCUGGAAAAGCAAUAAAGCUCAAUUUGAUUAGAUCGUUCGGAAUAUUCCCAUUGUUCGUCCUCCUUACAGUGUCUAAUUCUGCUCGCCGCCCACAGGCAUGGUAGCAGAAAUAGCUCCCGGUCAGAUUUUUGGGGAUUUGUAUGUGUUAAAAGAAAAAAACUGUCUGCUUUUGUACUGUAAUUGUUCAUUUGAGUCUUAUGUCAGCGAGGUCUGAUUUUUACUGUGCCUUUCAUUCAAAAGUUGUAUUUGCAACUUUUAGU